AUGAUUUCUAGUGGGAAUAUUGAUGGGAACGUUACUUGGUGCAAGGUAGAAAAGAGCAAGCUCGGCCUCAGGAGCAACUGCCGCGGGCAGGGCGAGUGCUGGGUGCCCAGCCAGCCCGUGCUGGAGACGGUCGCCGUGAAGGUCCUGGGAGGCUGCAAGCUCAUCGUGCGGCUCCUGGAGUGCUGCUCCAAAGCCUUCCUCUUGUCGGUUCAACACCUCUGCUCGGAGGAAUUCAUACUUCUGAACACCGUGGCUUCAGGGCUGCUGAGCCGGCUACGGAUUCAGUACAGGUGGGUGCUGCAGAGCCUCAUUUCCUUGUACGAGGUGCUGUGGACAUCGCUGGACCUCGUGUCAAAGACCCAGCAGACGCCUUAUAUCAAGGGAUUUACCUUCCCUUCCGACAUCAGCGACUUCCUUGGAGUUUCUGUCUGUGCUGAGGUGAAGAAGAUGGCUAAAACUCCUAAAGCCACAAAAGCUGCCAGCUGGCUGAAGAAGCUCUUCCCAGCAGCACCAGAGGCAGCACCAGAGGCCCAGAGAGAUUUGGUGACCCAAAGCGUUGUGGAAAACAAGGGCCUCCUGGGCUCCACAGACAUUGGGAAGCCGGUUGUGGCCGCCAGGGCCAGCAGAGGGAAGCGCCCUGGGCUUGAUGUGAAGAGCUUGCUUAGACCAUCCCGGCGCCCAGCCCAAGAGGCUAUAAGCAUCACAUCAACACCUUCCAAAGCCAAGUCAGUGUCACUUUGCUCUCGCACGGCAAAGUCACCGCAUAUCAGAUCUCUUGUGCAGAUGUUUCAGAAAGCCACCUCUUUCGGGGAGCUGUCGGAGGCACUCAGAAAAGCUAUUCUGUGGUGCAAAGGCAACAAACUCAAAUCAGUGGCUUAUUUUCUGCGUAACAAGUUACUAAAAAGCAACCGGCUGCACCAUGUGGAGGCUCAAGGAUGCAGCUUGCAGAAAAAGCUGUGCUGUGUCAAAACAUCUGUCUGCAAAUACUUCCUCUGUGGCUCUCAAAAUGUGCGCUGCCGAAAGCCAUACCGUGGGGCAAGGCUCUGCCAAGGAAAGAUCAAGUGGUCCAAGCGGUCCCAAAAGACUCCAAAAGCCACUGGAGAGCGCAGCAAAGCGGGGCCCCCUGCGCAGCUGCUGCUGGGAGCAAAGCCCGGCUCCAUGCUGAAAGAAGCUGCGGAGAACAUGGAUAUCGAUUCCAUUUUUGCAGCAAUGGGUGUCUGAUCUGGGCUGGGACCAGGAAAGGACUUAAGUCAUUCUGAGCUUGUUUGCUUUUUUUCUAAUAAAAAUCCUCAGAACCC